CCGUUAAUCUCGUGUGGGAAAGUCGCCUUAUGUAAACUUCUUCUUCUGCAGUGCAAAUGAAGGUGUUACAAUAAGUCGUUUAUUUCAAAGGACAUUAAUGAUGUGCAGGCAUGUUUGACUGACUCACACACGGAGAUGAGAGCAGCAGCUAUGAGUCUAGCUGCUACAACCAGUGGAUUUCUGGUGCUUCUUCUCACUGUGACAGUGAUGCACAGUCUGGGUGACUGGGGGGUGACUUACACUUCUCCUCACAUCUGUGCCGUCAAAGGAUCAACUGUGGAAAUACGCUGCACCUACACAUACCCUUUAAGAAAACAUGACCGUGAAACUACUGUUGAGAAAACACUCUGGUUUUCAAAACAGAGUAACGACAUCUAUGUGGAUCUGAGAACAGACCCGGACUAUUCAGGUCGGGUAGACUAUCGCUGUGGAAACAACGACUGCAUUCUGAGAAUCACAGACCUGAGAAAGAGCGACUCAGCUGUGUACAUGUUUAGAUUCAUAACAAACCACCAGCGUGGAACUUAUACUGGAUUACCUGGAGUCACUUUGUUUGUGGCAGAUCUCCAGGUGAGCAGGUCACCCAUCAGGGAUUCACGGUCAGUCGAGCUGAAGUGUCAGAGCAGUUGUCCUCUACCAGACCAUCAGCCCUACGUCUGGUACUCCAAUGGACGCAUCAUUGAAGGACAAACAUCUCAGUCUUAUUUAAGUCAUUUUGACUCCCUAAACAAAAUUUCCUGUGCUGUGAGUGGACAUGAGAAGUCUACCUCUCCUUCAGUGUUGGUAAAGGCUCCCUGGGAUGUGACUUACACUUCUACUCAGAUCUGUGCCUUUGAAGGAUCCACAGUGGAAAUGCACUGCAGCUACACAUACCCCCCUCGAAUACGUGUUGCUGAAACAUUUUGGUUCACUAAAAUGAAGGAUAAUCAAUUUGUGGAACUGAAAGCUGAUCAAGAUUAUCAUGGUCGUGUUGAGUACAGUAAGAAGAGCUGCAGUCUGACAAUCAAAAGUCUGAAAAAAACUGACUCAGCUGAGUACAAAUUCAGAUUCAUAACAAACCAAGAACUUGGGAAAUAUACUGGUGAACCUGGAGUCACUCUGUCUGUCUCAGAUCCACAGCUCCAGAUACGUGUGAGGAGAUCAACAGUCAACCAGUUUUCUACCUGGACAGAGCUGACAUGUCACAGCAAUUGUCAGCACGCUGAUUAUCCUUCCUACGUCUGGUACAAGAAUAGAAUCAGAGUUGAGGAAAAGAAAAGAUAUUUACACCUGCAGACAUUUGAUCCUUCAGACACAUAUUACUGUGCAGUUAAAGAACAGGAGCGUUUCCAUUCUCCUGCAGUGUAUCCUCCAAAGCCUCCCUCUGUGUCAGUGAGUCCCUCUGCUGAGAUAGUGGAGGGACGUUCAGUGAAUCUGACCUGCAGCAGUGAUGCUAACCCAGCAGCUACUUACACCUGGUACAAGGAGAACGAAGACUCACCAAAAGCAUCAGGACAGAUCUUCACCAUCACUGACUUAAGAACUGAACACAGUGGGAAUUAUUACUGUGAAGCUCAGAACACAAGAGGGCGUGAUACAUUCACCAUAUCUCUGAAUGUUGUGGCAGAGGCGUGGAGAUCAGCAGUCAUUGGAACAGCUUCUGUUGUUUUCCUGACCAUCAUACUCCUCUCCAUUGUCCUGCUAAUAAGAAAAAAGAGCUCGUCGGAGCCAUCAUCUGAGCCUGGAGAAAGAUCUGUUAACAGUGAACAGCUUCCCCCCAGUCCCCCGGAGGAGCAGGAAGGUCUUCAUUAUGCCAGUGUGAGAUUCUUGAGGAACCAGACAGAUAACAUCUACGCCAACAUUAGAGCCGCUGGACUCCACAGACAUAAGGACAAAGAGGAUGAGACAGUAGAAUAUGCUGCCGUUAAAUUCAACAGUUCUGCCCCGAGAACUAGUGGUGAGGAAACUGUGGAGGAUCCGUCUGUGCUGUACAGUACAGUCAGCAAAAUGAGAUGAACGCCUGGAUCUCUGGUCCUUUUCUUUCAUUAUCACGUUCUUAAAAUCCCAACAGCUUACAGAUGUAUUGACAUGUAUUUUUGUACAGACAUCCAUGGUCCUCAGAGGGUAAAUUCUACAGAUUCUGGUGAUUCCCUGACUUUAGUUGUAGUGUGACCACAAUAAUUUUGCAGAUUGCUUGAAUUUUAAUAUAUCUAUCUGAAAUUUCUCAACAACUCCAUUGGAUGGAUUGUGUGUGAGCCACAUGAGGAAACAUUGCACUAUUUUGCAACAAAUAGCCAAGACACUGUCCUUAUCCUGCUUUUACAUGUACAUAUUAGAAUAGAUACAAAAGACAUUUUAUAAAUUUCUGUAUUUGUGAACUGCUGACCCGGACUGGGGACACUGCCGAGCGGCAGAAGGAGCACUUAAAGGAACUCCUCAACCUGGUUGACAUGCCAUCUGCUGAAGAGGCAGAGCCUGAAGACUUGGAGGACGCUUUGCCCAUAUCCAUGGCAGAGGUUGCCGAGGUAGUCAAGAAGCUAGACUAAAGGAUUUCUUUGUAGUAGGACAAAUGGUGUAAAGUUGUUAGCUGUACCUUGACAUGUUUCGGCAUCUUAUCUGUCGCCUUCUUCAGAAGUGUGGCCUCUGGCGCUGGAUUCGGGAGGCCAUUGAAAUCAGGAAGCGAGGCUCACAUACAAUCGAUAGAGAUGAUGGAGCGUUCCUUCUAUCCCACACCUGGGACGCUCUGCUCCAGAGGCACACAUGGGGAACUUGUGUCUGUAAGGGCUGCCCCUUGUCUCCUGUUUGCGGAGUUCAUGGACAGACUCUCAAGGCACACCUGGGGCGAGGAGGGUGUCCAUUUUGGGGUCCUUAGGAUCGUAUCUCUGCUUUUUGUGGACGACGUGGUACUGUUGGCUUCAUCAGACCAGUGGCCUUCACCAGAGCGGCUUGCUGCCGAGUGUGAAGUGGCUGGGAUGAGAGUCAGCACCUAAAACUCUGAGGUCUUGAUUUUGCAUUGAUGAUGUAUAUGAGCUACACAUGGAUGGAUAUAUAUAUAUAUUUUUACAUAUAUUAUUUUUUUCUAUUUUCUGAAGUGUGAAUAGAGGAACAUACUGUAAGCAACAUCCGUUAAUGAUGCCAAUAAUUGGUAGCUAAGGUUACCAUCCACUCAGACAAAUAAAGAUGAUAACUGGAACCAAAAAUAGCUCUUUGCAGCCUUAACUACAUUGGUCCGAUGAAAUGAAGGCCACACGUUAUACAGAUGUCGUAUUAAGUCUGACCGCAUAGCACAGGUGUGGCCUUUAACUACACUGUGGUCAUGUGAACUGUUACAUUCUUCAAUAAAAUAAAGCAUUGCAAUAAA